UGCUGUGCACAGUUCUAUCCCCAAGGCCGUGAAUAUCCAUCCAUCAUGGUGAGGUACCAUUGCUGCCUCCCCUGCUAUACCCCUGCUUGAUGAGUGGUAUCCUGACCUGACUCUGAUGCGGGCAGCCGCCGUAUAAUGACGCUCGGGCCUAUCUGAGUGUCCACGGGAGAGAAAUUGGUGGCUUCUCUGGGUCUGAAAUGAAACAGCAGCUGUGCUGCUCUCUUCCUAUUGGAUUCAAAGAAAAUGUGGGAGAAUGGUGUGGAUGGCGACCGCCGGGAUUGGUCGUGAGGAAUGUGGGCUGCAGAAUCUGUACGACAUGACUGCCUCCCAUCUCUCAGGCUGUUCACCCAACGCUAAAGGCCAUGAGAGUGAGCAUCCCGUCUGGUGAAGACCAAGGCUGUAUGACUGCCAUUGGUCAUGGGAGACCAAGGUCCACCAGAUCGACAGCCACAUUGUCAGAGCUCCCAGGAGCCUCCGCCAUGUGGACUGAAGCCCAAAUCUAGUAUAGGCGUAGCCGUACGCAAAUCGUGGCACUUCAUGCAAUCUUCUUCUCCCAGGCCUGGUACGGUUGACCGUUUUCAACCACCUGGGAGAAGCCAACUUCUUAUCUGCUUUGGAAAUGGAUACUCCAGCAGACCGAGAUCUCGUCAUUUGAACUGUCUAAUUGAUGAAGAGCGAGGUCUACUUCCCAAAACAGCCGCCAGUACCAUAUGUGGCAAAGCUCAAAAAGCCAUCACGAAUCCGGUCUUCUUUGUCCGUCUUCAGCGAGGACGUGAGCUACAGACUACGCGAGCGAUCAAAACUCGAAACCUCAGCAGUUGCUACAAAUACCUGUUGGGUACGCAACUCACCAGACAAAGAACUGCUGCCUGUCCAUUUUGCCUCCUCGCCAUCUCUCAGGUGGCUUUCCUCGACAAAGAAACCUGCAAAACCAUCAAAUCUCAGACACCCGCGUUCUGUUUGAGUAACUUGCAUGAGCCACGUUGCUAUUCAGUUGGAUUGUCUUGGUUUUCAGAAGCCGACAUUCAGUCGUGCAAUUGCCAUAGGCAGCUUCCACAAGCCGGAGAGGUUCUUCAGUUGCAAGAAGACAUCCAAAGACUUCCGAGUAUCCUUGGAGACACAAAGGCAAGCUCUGAUACGUCCAAGAGUUCCGCCCAUCGUUUCGCAGCCAGCUCCAAUUGGUUUCUACUGCGGUACCUUGCAUUUGCCAUCUGAUU